AAAAAUUGCUCUUGUGACCUUCAUGGUCGGAGAACAUUCGCGUUGAGUAACAGACUCAGCGGUUCUGGCUAUAAAAGGCGGAGCAGAUCCUUCCCGACACCAGAAGCAGUUCUUUCGCUCCACACGGCUGAAUCUUCCUUCACUCGGCAUCAUGAGAGCUCUGACCCUCGUACUGAUGGUGGCCGUGGCCCUGACGGCACUGGUGGUGGUGCAAGCCAUGCCAGAACCCUUCCCUGAACCAGACCCCGAGGCCUUCCCUGACCCCGAGGCUUUCGCUGACCCCGAGGCUUUCGCUGAUCCAGGACACAGAUAUGGAGGUAGAAGAGGUGGAUACGGUGGUGGAUACCGCAGAGGUGGAUACAGUGGAGGAUACAGCAGGGGUGGAUACGGCAGAGGCCGUUAUCAUGGUUAGUGAGAGGCACACGCCCGACACCACGCGGAAGGAAGCAGGCGAGCGUAAACCAUCUUCUGGCCAACACAGGGGAUCAAGUGCUGCCGCUGCCGCCGUCGUACAUGCUCCUUUCCCUGAGUCCUAAGUUGUCUUGAACCGACCACGCUUCACUACGUCGGUCAAUGAGAUAGAUCUUGCCACGAGUUUUUUGCUAUGUAACCGUUCCCUUAAAUACAUCCCUGCUGAUCAGCUACACAACCUUUGGCAGAUUUCACUUUAUUUGACCUAAAAACUGUUCAAAAUAAACUUCUUAUUAUCA